UGUCGUCCAGAUCAACAAGCCACUAUUUUGGAAGCAGUUUGAUAAACACGAGCUAUUCCUCAGUUGAUGUCAGUCGCUAUCUGCGAUUCCAACGAGACAUAUCACGCGUGAUCAUCGAUAAACCAGCACAAACUAGCCAGCCACGUAGCCCUGAACCGAGCAGUUUGGGAGACAUCGACGGUUGAACUUUAAAAACAGCUAGCUCGGUUUUUCUUUCCAUUGCACAUCAGGCAAGUCUGACAACCUUACAGCCAUCGUUUUUGUUUUUUUGAUUGGCUUGAUCCUUACAAUACACAGCCGAGCUAACAGGAACUUUUGACAACUUGUCACUAGCGAUAACGUCAGCCAAGUUGCAUUUUUUGCCAAACAAAACAACACUCGGCUCAUUUUUUUUCUAUUCGUCAAGCUACUUUACACCUUGUUUUUGUCAACAAGCUGUUUUUUCGAAGAACUUUUUCUUCAAUAUUUAGCCUACAGCUUGCUUUAUAUCGAAGGCAAAUCAACCUAAGGUGUGAAGAACAGUGUUAGCGCCAGACUAAACCAGCCUGCUAACCAAAUCCUUACCUGAACCAUUUUAACAAUCAGACCAGUCUGGCUUUUAAACCCUCCUGGUGCUGUCACGUUUUUUUCACGACCUUUAACUUUUAAAUAGCUCGUUUUAUACUCUGCAGGAGUAACUAUUCAGCGUUACCUCUCGCCUUUUAAAUAAUAACUGAGACAACAGCAGGCAACCUGAGUGCCAGAAGAUAGCCCGACCUGAAGCAGGCUGUGUGCAUCCACGGAUUCCCUUUUCGGAUUUUUAUAAUAUCAGUGUUAUUGUUAAAAAUGGCGGCGAUCGGACUGGUGCAGAUGUUGAUCGAAGCAGCUGAGUUCCUUGAUCGCAGGGAACGAGAGGCUGAACACGGCUAUGCCUCCAUGCCACCCUUCAUCAGCAGCCGAGAGAGGGAGAGCUUGAAAAGGAAAAGCAAAAGCAAGAAAAACACAAGUAGCAGGUCUACGCACAAUGAAAUGGAAAAGAACAGACGGGCACAUCUACGGCUGUGUUUAGAGCGCUUGAAAUCCCUCGUUCCCCUAGGACCAGAUGCUAACAGACACACCACCCUCAGCCUGCUGAUGAAGGCCAAAGAUCACAUCAAGAGGUUGGAGGAGAGCGAUAGGAGAGCUCAGCACACCUUAGAGCAGCUACAGCGGGAGCAGAGACACCUGAGGAGGCGUCUGGAGCAGCUGGGGGUGGAGAGGACCCGCAUGGACAGCACCGGCUCCACUCAGUCCUCUGACAAGUCCGACUCUGAUCAAGAGGACCUGGACGUGGAUGUGGAGGGGACAGACUACCUGCUGGGUGACCUGGAGUGGAGCACCAGCAGUGUGAGCGACUCAGGGGACGAGCGAGGCAGCCUGCGCAGCAGCUGUAGCGACGAGGGCUACUCCAGCGCCAGCCUGCUGCGCCUGCAGGACACUCAGGGGAUGGCCAAGCAGCUGGGCUGCAGCCUAUAGACAGCAGCGAUCACACCACCCACCUCCUCCCCUCAGCCAGUCCUCACCUACAUCAGCUCCCUAACCUUGGCCCCCUUCAGACCUCAACCCCACCUCCCCUCCUCCCUUCCUCCUCCCCCACCAGGACUGAUCAAGUCCAGCCAGGGUCCUGCAGACGUUCUGUCCUUAUAUUGACUUCCAUUCAGACUGCAGCUCCUCCAAGAUGGACGCCCACAUCCAGCACAUCAUCAGCGGUCAGUCUUUAGGGUGUCACCGGCUCUGCACCAAUCAAACCAGGAUUUUAAAGACACUCCACCCUUCUCUGUCCCUCCGUCCGUCCUUCAGACACACAACUUUCAGCCAGAGAAUGUUACCACACAAUCCCACUGCCUCUUUUUCUAUGCCUCAAGAGCCAUGGGAAGCACUUAUGAGAUUUCACCCUUACUUCACACAUACUUAAACACACAUAUACACACCUCCAUCGCUCCUAGUUGUCCUAGUGAGACAGAGUCCUCCCAAAGGUGUGACACUGACGUGAUGCGAGGCCUUUUUUUCUGCCCCGCUCACCAUCUGUGCAUGGUCUUUUGCACUUAAAUAGCUUUUUUUUUUUUUUUUGAACAGUUGCUGUCUCUUAAUAACUAUGGCCCCUACAGCUGUUGAAGUGAUGCUGCGAGAUGAAGCAAAUUGUUUGAGAACACGUCAGUCUUCUGCAGAGUUUGUGUGGUGUCACACUGUCAGGGCCGACAGCAAUAUAUCGUUUAGUACCAAGGCUUUGGUGGGCAGACUUGUAACUACCCUGUCAUUUCUGUCCACACCCGCCAUUCAGAGAAAAACACAAAAACAAAACAAAAAAAAAAACUUGUGCAGCAUGAGAUUGUGUUUGGGCCGGGGAUGUGGGAGGGUAAAGCGGGUGGGUUAGAUGUUUUCUGCCUCUCUCUGAUGACGGUGGCGUUUUUACAGCAUCUUUUAUCUUAAUGUUUGUAUGACUGGUACAGCUGGGGUCACUAGCAGGUUUGGAAACGUGAGACACCAGCCACCAAGCCGAAUGCUGGUAUAUUUAGGCAGGUGCUGGUACAUUUUUGUACACUACUUCUUCACUGCCCCGUUCACCAGGUAUUAACAGGAAGGAAAGAGCCGAUCUACUGAGAGCAGUCGAGAGACUGGAGCACAUUCCAUUAUGUAGAGAGGACGGGCAGGUAAGACUGAGAGCAUUAUUUUUUGAGUGGAUGUUCCUGCCAAUUAUUUAUGAAGGGAGAGUUCAGUUUGAGACGAGCCAAGUCACCCUAAAAAAAGCCACUGGCUUUGACUUUUCAGUGGAAAUGUGUGAGAAAGCCCUGAAACUUUCUCUCUGUUUUCACAUGAAAAGCUCUAAAAUGUUAAAACCACAGAUUUUCUCUCCUUUGCCUUGACUUCAUAGCUAUUUAUUGUUUAGCAGAAAUGUACACCUUGUAAUGUAAAUAGUUCAAAGAAAGAUCUCUAUGUCUAUCAACAAAUGUAUUUAUUAGAUAUACUAAAUAUAUAGAUGAAUAUAUAUGAAUAUAUUUAAUUAGUAAUAGCUUACGUUCUUCUUGUGAAGUUUAUUGAGAGUUUCCUAUGUGUAGUUUGUUUGCACAGACUAGUCAAUCUAUAGAGUAUUUAGAAACGUCUUUUGUGCCUCAAGGCUUUUGUGUCUGUUCGGAUUUCGGCACGGUGCUAGAAAAUGAAACUAUUUCUUUGUGAUUGAUCAUAAAUUUUAGUUGUUUUCAAAGCCAUUCGGCCCGUAACGGGAAUAAAAGGACAAAAAAAUAGGAAUAAUUUAUUAAAAUGUGAAUUAAAAAGUAUAAAAGCGACAGGAGCUGGUGCUUGAUGCAGAGAUGGUGAUGAUUCCUUUGGUGAUACCGUGCUGCGUCUCCACUUUUAGGAACCUGAAACAAAAUGGCUUCUCCCGUUGGUGAUGCUUUUGGUUCUGAUUCAUGACGUCCAUAGGGAGGAUUGCAGCUUUUUUGAAUGUAGACGUCCUGGGGCCUGCAGUGUUGCAGCACGGUGCCAAAGGAAGCUCCCUGCUUCUGCAUCCACCACCUGCGAAUUUCAGUUAAAGCAUGAAGAUAAAUGAGAAAAAUAGUUAAAGGAUUGUUUAGUGUUUGAGUGUGGAAUGCUGCUUUUUUGUCAAACUUCUUCAAACAGAGAGGAACUGUGUAGCCACGUUUAGGAGGACUUAAGGGGAAUUGUUUCUAAAAUGAGGUGUGAGAGGGCAGGUGUGUUCACUGAGAUGCCAUCUGUCGGUGUGUGCGUGUGAUAGCAGAAUGUGAGUGCGUGCGUGUGUGUGUGUUUAUUUCGUCACUGUCUUCAGAGAGAAUUUUUUUGGGGAGGUUGUGGGUGGGCGGUUUAAAAAUUGUAAGGCUAUGUUUCUGUUUUAUUUGUUUACUAGUAAAAUGCAAAAAAAGUCCACUUGACAAAGACUUGAUGUAUUAACCUAAGCAUUAACGUCUGUCGAUGGGAGUCUCCUGUUUCGUCCUUUCUCCAUCCAUGGCCUGUUGUCCAUCUUCCACCGAUCCAGAGUAUGUGUGGUUUGGGGCUUGGCAGUAUCGGGUUUUUGAGAUGGAUUGAUGUAUUUUCAAAGCAGACAAUUUGACAAGCAAACUUUUGAUGGUUUAAUUUUGAAGUCCAUUUGAUAUUAAAAAAAGAUUCUAGGUGUAAUGCUUGGAUGAAAGACAUUUUAAAAUAAGAACCUCUAACAGUAAAAUGCUUUUUGACUUGAAAAAUGUUCAGCCAAGAAAGGGGCAUUGUCAUUUUGUUAUGAAAUUUUAUUUCAAGAGCAUUUAUUUGUAAAAAUGAAACCAUGAUAAUGGCUUUAUACUAUGGCAAGAAAAAUAAACACCCAAAAUUGGGAAAAUCUUGUUUUUAAUUAUCAAUAACUGCAGAGGAACUCCUACAUAGUGUCUAAUUUAUGCAAAAGCAAUUACAUUGGCAACAGUUGAGAAAGUGGGUGGAAAUGGCAUAGAGGGAAGGAAACCCUCUUUCUCUUUCUGACAAAAUUGUGACUGAAAAUCAUUAAGUGUCUCUACUUUUUGAUACCAAAAUCAUUCAAAUGAUGAUUUUAUCAUAGCAAAGAUAAUGCUGCAUCAUAGAUGGGGGGUGGGCUUCUCAUAGAAGAAAGAGUCCAUUCCCACAGUCUUGCAUUACUUAUGUUAACAAGCUGGAAAGUCCAACAUUGAGCCAUUACAGUCACAUGGCAGAACAUUAAAUAAACUAAACAGAACAGGGUCAGAUUGUUGUCCACACUAGAAUGAUUCCACUAAAUAGCCUUAAGUUUCAUUCACAGAUAUCUUCUGCUACCUGGUUAAAUCAGGUUUUAAGAGAUAAUAUCACAAUUACUGUCAAUAAUUGGAUUUAAUAUCAACAUAAUAUUAGUAAGUCCAGAUUCACUAAGAUGAACAUAACAUUAAAGUUGCAUAUAAUUAAGUGCAUACUGACUACGCAUGUUUUUGCAAUGAGCAAAGCUCCUCCACCCAACAAGUGGCUUGCAGCCACAGUGAUCUAUCUCAAAGAGGCCUCUGGCUGCAGAACUCUACAAUGGGGAAACCUCGAUGAGUGGGACGAAUAACAUACCAACCCUUGUUGUUUUUUCCUUAGUUCAUGGUUUGUUCUUUUUAAAUUUAUCUCCCUCCCUUUUACCCUAACCCUAACCUUUAGGGUUUGGGUGCCUAACCUUGACCCCCUUUUGGUUUUCCUCAGUUUUUGGUGUGUUAGAAAUUUAUCCCCCUUAGUAAAUAUUUCGAUUUUUAUUCAUAAAAUUCUGCUGUGUGGAAAAAUACCACCUACCGUAACCUCUAACAGCAAGCGAAAAAAUGCGUCACUGAACGUUAUUCUGGUUCUGGCUUGGUUAAAAGCACAUCUGUUUUCAAGCAGACAAGUCAAAAAGCCUUUUACCUAAAACGGUACAAAAAAAUCUAAAUUUACAGAUGAGAAGUUAAGGUAAAAUAGCUGAAUUUCAAAAAUGUGCCAGAGAGAAGAAGCUAGUUGCAAUUAGCUGAAGAAAUGCUGAUUCAUUGUAAUAAAAAUUUUAAAGUAACAGCCUUAAUUGAAACACAUGAUUUUAAGAGCUAUAUAAAUUAUGCAAUAUUAGGUGUCUAGGAUUUCUAUUUUUUAUUGCCAAGGUAUCCAACAGGUAUCUAUAUUGUUUGAUUUAUACCAUCAGAAUCUUAUAAAAGUCUAUAACGCUUGGAUUUUUACAACCAUUUUUAAUGUCAUAACAGAAAUAAAUUUGGUGAUGUGUAUCCUGUAUGGCCAGUCAUCUGAAGAAUAUCGAGAUCUGAUUUUUGGUCGAUAUCGCCCGGCCCCAGUAUGUGGGUGUAUGUGUUUCCUGUAUGUAUGCAUGCGCGAGUGUGACUCCCUCCUCCACAUGCUGUGUUGGCAUCUGUGGAGGGUGGCGUAUGUGUCAAUGAUGCAACUAUUGCUCCUCAUCUCCGUCCUUCCUCCCCCCUCUUCAAAGACCCUGGUGCUCUCAGCAUCUGCCUUAAGAAGCAGGUGUGGAAUCUCUCAAAGAACAAGACUACAGUCAGACCAGUUGUUUAAGCUACAGGUUUCAGCAUCAGGGGAAAAGGCAUCUUCAUGUGUAUAUUUGGUUUUUGCACAAUAUAUCCCUGCAUACAAAGUGGCUGAUAAUGCCUUAAACAGACACAAAUGUACAACCUAACAGAAGGAUACGAUACGUAUGAGUGUAUGAUAUAUCAACAUGUAUCACAAAGGCCAUUCCUUGUCAUUGUGACGGUUUCAGGCGUGGUGCUUUUCAUGCAUUACACAAUAAACACCGACACACCACGUCAUAGCUCCAUGAACAUCGUCGUCGCCUGCCUUUCUCCACAGAAAGGCUAAACGUCUAACAAUAACUUAAUAAAGGAGGGCGUUUUGUGCACUUACUUUUUAGAAAUUGGAGAAUUUGGACACUGUCUUCUAAAGAAAACACUUCAAAUGUUGGAAACAAACCCUUUGAAAAAUGAAUUGUGGAGCAGCAAUUUAUAUUUGCCAUUGAUAUUCAAAGAAUAAAACAUUUGAAACCCUUG